UAAAUGUAUCAUGCGCGAUACGUUAUGCGCUGUGGCUGUGGGUGAUGUGAGGAUUUGUUUAUAAGAGAGUUUUUAUCCAUUUAUCUACACAGUUCUUCAACUUUACUUUAUCUGCAAUUUUUUGAAUCAAAUAAUUCGCAUGAUUUCACAUUAUGUCUGCCAUAUUUAAUUUCCAGAGCUUGUUGACUGUAAUAUUACUGCUAAUAUGUACUUGCACCUACAUCAGAUCACUGAUACCCAGCUUAUUCGACAAUCGACUGGGAAAGGUUGGUUUUCAGGGUACUUUUUGGAAAUGUGCUAGGAUUGGCGAAAGAAAAAGCCCAUAUGUAGCUUUUUGUUGUGUAUCUAUGGCCUUUAGUAUUUUGUUUUGGUCAUAAAAUUCCUAUGGUGUCAUUUUGGUCAAUGCAUUUGUAUAUUUCAAUGUAUUUUAAUGUAUUAUAUUUAUGCUUAAAGACCAGAGGUGAGAAUAAAAAGCAAUGUUGAUAUUCAUUUUGUGACAAACAGCUAUAUUUGUCGUUUCAGUAAUACAUAAAAAUACAUUCGUUUAAGCUAGACUUAAAGUCAAAACGAACGUCAUUGCUAAAUGUA